AGAGGCUUAGAGGCCAAGGUGGUUAGCAGACGCUCGGCAGACGGCUCUACUAUGAUGAGCGCUUUUACCAUGGAAAACGGCAGCUAGCGACAAACUUUUGACUGAAAAAGAUGGAGAAUGGUUGAACGCUGUAUUUUCUGCUGUGUGAGCGAUGAAGCUGAUACGUGGAACUCACUUUUCCAUACAUUUUUAAUGGAUUUAUUUAUCGAUUGACAAUCGGUGGGGGGAGCCGUUCCGCGGAGCUGUGCACGUCCAGUCGUCUGCGCGGACAGGGGGUGGGGGGUAGAACCGUCGUGUUUCUGCCUCCACUGACCCAUACGAGCUCCGGCCAACACAAUGCAUGGCUUUAAUCGUGCGUUACGGGUGUCAUUCAUAGGAUUAAUUCUGUCUGAUAUCAUCUUAGGCGAUCACUACACGGAUCUAUGGGCAGUUCAUGUGGAAGGUGGCGAAGAUGUGGCCCGCAACGUCGCAGCUAAACACGGAUUUGUCUUCCGCGGUCAGAUAUUGCCAGAUUAUUACCAUUUUCAGCAUAGAAAGGUAUCCAAGCGGUCAACAUACCCCAGUUCCCAUUACCAUCGCAAUCUUGCAUAUGACCCAAGUGUAAGAUGGUUAGAACAGCAAGUAGCCAAGAAACGAGUAAAAAGGGAAAUAAUAUUCAACGAUCCCAAAUGGCCAAUAAUGUGGUAUUUGAAUCGUGGCGGGGGUCUGGACAUGAACGUGAAGCAGGCAUGGCAGCAGGGCUACACCGGCAAGGGCGUCGUCGUCACCAUCCUGGAUGAUGGUAUCGAGAAGGAUCAUCCAGAUCUCAAGAAAAACUACGAUGAACAAGCUAGCUAUGAUGUGAAUGGCCAUGACCCAGAUCCACAGCCCAGAUAUGACUAUUCUAACGAGAACAGACAUGGUACACGGUGUGCUGGAGAGGUGGCAGCGCAGGCUGAUAACCAUAUCUGUAGCGUUGGGGUGGCCUACAAUGCUUGGAUAGGAGGUGUCCGGAUGCUGGAUGGGGAUGUGACAGACUCUGUGGAAGCUCAGUCUUUGGGGUUAAACCCUCAGCACAUUCAUGUUUAUAGUGCUUCCUGGGGCCCUGAUGAUGAUGGCCGCACUGUAGAUGGCCCAGCAACACUUGCACGCAAAGCUUUCUAUGAUGGGAUUACUAAGGGUCGAGGUGGUCUUGGCUCCAUCUUUGUCUGGGCCUCAGGCAAUGGUGGUCGUGAUGGUGACAACUGCAACUGCGAUGGUUAUACUAACAGCAUCUACACCCUAUCCAUCUCAAGCAGCACAGAGAAUGGAAAUGUUCCCUGGUAUUCUGAAGCCUGCUCAUCCACACUUGCAACCACAUACAGCAGUGGUUCUGGUGGGGAAAAACAAAUUGUGACCACAGAUCUUCGCAAAGAAUGCACUGAGACACAUACGGGUACUUCUGCCAGUGCACCUUUAGCAGCAGGUCUUAUUGCUUUGGCCUUGCAAGCAAACCCUUCUAUGACGUGGCGGGAUAUGCAGCAUAUUGUGGUAGAAACAGCCAAACCUGACAACCUCAAUGCUGCUGAUUGGGUCAGCAAUGGUGUUGGCAAGAAAGUGAGCCACUCAUUUGGUUUUGGAUUGAUGGAUGCUUCUGCCAUGGUAUCACUUGCUCGAAAUUGGACCACAGUACCACCCCAGCAUAUUUGUGAAAUACGCUCAUUAGAUCACAACAGCUUUCAUCAGCCUGAUCACCUCUUUGGGAACAGGGUAGUGCCAAUGAAUGGCAAGCUCACUGUGCCCCUCUAUACAGAUGGGUGUGAGGGCACCGUAAACCAUGUCAAGUAUUUAGAGCAUGUUCAGGCCAGGAUCACCAUGACAUCCUCACGACGUGGGGAGAUUCAGAUCUUCCUCACAUCACCCUCCCUUACACGCUCUACGCUCCUGGCCAAGCGCACUAGAGAUCUCUCUCGUGAAGGCUUUAACAACUGGGCCUUCAUGACCACACACAACUGGGGGGAGCCUGCCAAGGGCCAGUGGACACUUGAAAUUGAAAAUGGGGGCUCUCAAACUCGGACUGUUAGAUUGCGCGACUGGGUACUUGUAUUGUAUGGCACAGAUAGUCACCCAAGGAAGAGCCCCACUUCAGUCCGUAGCGCCAAUAACGACUACAGGCGCUAUGACGAUUGGACUCGCCCCCACUACUACCCAUUCUUUAGUAAUUUUAACCACACUGUCAGACCACCACCUCCAACCACUACCACCACUACCACCACCACAACCACCUCCACUACCACCACCACCGCUACCACCCACAUGGUGGAUCAUGGUGGAAGUGAAUGGAGUAGAAAAGGAAAUGGGCGUCAUCGCACCAACCACCACCGUAAGAACUGGGAAUCCUUUAUCUUUGGGGAUUCUAUGAACGAAGCUUUUGCAUCUAAGUCUCCAGCGUAUGCACGUCGCAAAAGUCAGCAAUUGAACCCCGCCGCCCAUACCUGUGUGUAUGAAACGCUAGCCAAAAAGUCCAACCUUUCAUCCAAUCAACAGUACCCGCGAAACAUCCGCCCAAAACUAACAGCAGCGGAGCUGAAGGAGUGGACUCUGGUUGUCAUGGGAACAGAGAAGCACCCUCUCAAGCAGAAUGUCUCCACACCAUCCUCAGCAGCAAGCAACACUUUCACCUGCGCAGGCGUGACCUCCAAUGGCAUCUGCAUAGGCAGAAGGCAACAGGGCAAUGUGCACUUAGUUCACAUCCCCUCUUUCAUGACUAAUGUGGAUGUUCCUCACACUUCAUCACACUCUUCAGAGUGCAAGCCUGGUUUUUUCAAGAUGGAGGAACACUGUGUUGCCCAUUGCCCUGAGCAUUACUUUGGCAGUGUGCAGGCUGUCCACCUUGCUGGUCCUGUCCAGAUUAAUUCUUCAAAGCCACUUCUUCACACUCAGGGGGUUUGCAAACCAUGUCACACCUCCUGUCUUACCUGCCGUGGACCAUCGCUCAUGGAUUGCUUCCAGUGUGCAUCAGGAUAUGAGCGACAGGCUGAUGCUUGUGAAAAAACAAUGAUCUGGGACUUGCUAGACCCAGAAAUCCUAAAGCAUCUGGCUUGGGCUAUAAUAUUGUGCAUAGGUGCCAUCAUAAUUUUCUUUGUUGGAUUCGUUAUCAUGCAGGCACGGGAGCGAGGGCGUCUAUGCUGGAGUGUAAAGCAGAACUAUAUUCCAGAUUGGACCAAGGGUGCUUAUAAUGGUGUCUCAGUCCUGGAUGACCCAGAAGUCGACACAAGUUUGUCUAACAGCCAUGACCUCCGUGGAAAACCAUCAGUAUUCAGGAUUUCUAGUACUUAUCCAAAUAUUCAUGGCUUUAGGGCAGGAAUGGUUGUUGGUGGACGGCUAGAGCCAGCGGAGUCCAAAGCUUAACCUCUUCCAAUCCCUAGAGAAGGAUGGAAUUUAGCAGAAGGUGCAGGAAGCCGCAGCACAUGCAAGAAGGAGAUAAAGAAGACUAAAAAGACUAAUGAAUGUCAGAGUGACAGGUGCAAGGAUGAACUUAAAGUAGUAUUAUUGAAGGGAGAAAGAUUUCUCAAGAGAAAAGUAAGCAUCUGUGGAAUUUAUUUUAAAAAAAAAAACAUUGUGCUUUCUGGCCAGUAUAUUGUGUUUUGAUCUUGUGCAGUAAUGUAUUAGUUAACGCAAAAUUGUAUGUGUAAACCUACUGAAAGACUUGAUGAAUGGCCAGUGUGAAGAGUAACUCCUAGUUUUGUCUAGCUUGCUACCAACCGCAAGUGGAAUUUACAAUUAAAGUGGAAGAUAACUUACCAGCAAGUGGUUUGUGAGGUGAAGAUCUUUGAUGGUUGUUUGGGUGCAUCACUGUGCCAGCCUGUCCAUUCAAGGAGGUGAACUAUAGAUUUUGUAUUGUUGCUGUUACUUUGUUAGAUCUGUGAAUGCUUGUUUUGAGGGGUGUGAGAAACAGUUUUGCAAUAUCAGCUCAGGCAUAAGGAAAUGGCUAUGGUACAUGUUGCAAUCUUUUAAAUGAGCAGGCAGUUGAAUGGGCGUGGGUGUAUUUUCUUGGUGUGCAUACACAUGUAUACACAUACUUGUGUCUGCGCCAGCUUGUCUGUUCUUAGUGCCGGAAACAGUUACACUAAGUAACUUGUAGCUAAGAUUAUCAGUGAUGAUGAUACCAAGGCUGUAGUGUAGAAAAGCAGGUUUGUCAGUGAGAGAGAGAACACAUGCCUAAUAAGUUAGGACUCUCACAGCACAGCCUCUUCACAUGGUCGCAUUAUUGUUACUUUGGAAAACCUACAAGAACAGUGAUUGUGCCCUGACCAAUUUACUUUUUGCCUACAAUAUUUUGGUGGGAAUAUUUUUAAAGAAAGCGUUUUUUCAUGGAAAAAAAUUAUAUUGUUGACAAAUUGGGUAAAAUUUCCUUUACAUUUUAAACACUUUCCCAUAUUUCUUCUUAAUUGCACUUGCAUCUGUGUCGGUCUAUAAAGAAACACUGCAUGUUACAUAAGUGCUCCAGAAACCUGCUAAAGGAGUCUAAGGAGCCCCACUCUCUCUGACAAAUCUGGUUUUGUGGAGCUGGGCAAGCGGCAGUGAUAUGUAUAUCAUGUGCAUGAAUGCUAAUGAAGUGGUACUGAUGAAGCCUGUUGACACAGAGAUCUGUUGUGCUGAUUUAAUUUGUUGGCUGAGGUUUUGAAGAGGGUUAAUUGACCCUGUUAAGUGCAGGAGGAGGAGGAGGAGACAUGAAAGAGAAAUUUAGGAAAUAAGCAAUAUGCUAAAAUUAGAUGCUUUCUUCUUGUUCACAGUUCCUGUUCCACCCCUCUUCCACCUAUGCCAAUGAUUAACUCGGCAUAUUAUAUUUCUGUAUAUUGCUAUUGUUUAUGAAUUCCCAUUUAAUUUACAGGGGUCGUAAAUUAUGCUGUAUUUAGUUUUUAUCUUGGAAUGACUCUUCUGUAGUUCAGCAUUUAAGUUAUUUACUCAUUUUAGAUUGUGUAAUUUACCUCAUAUUUGCCAAAAAUAUAUUUGACAUGUUUUGUAUCUAGUGUCUCAUUGAUUGCAUUUGAUUUUGAGUGCUCACCAUUGUCAUGUUGUUACACUGAGUUCCUUGUAAAUGUAAUCAUGAUGUUUUGAAUUCCUUUGCCCGGAAGUUUUAUGGUUGUCUUAUCUGUGAAAAUUUUUUUGUUAACAAGCCAUCAAAACAAAACUUGCCAAAAUGUUAGAUGUACUUGCAGUUGCUUAACUGCAGUCAUGACAGCAAUUAUUAUGCAUCAAAUGUGAAGCUUAUUGGGGACUGCAGUUGAUGCAGCUAUUGGCCUUCUUUAUUGUGAUUGUCCUUCAAGUAUUGGAACAAUAAAACUAAAAAAGAACAAAAACAAAAAUCUGCACUCUGAAUAACCUGCAGAAUCCAGGUUUUGCAUGGAGUUGGCUUAUAUGUUGCUCCUGUCCCCAACAGUUGUUUUCUGGCCAAUACCUGUCUGCAUCUCUGUGGUGAGAUUAGCAGCUUGUUUAUAGCAUACUAGUAGGGCAAAUGUUGUCUUGCAUAACUAUGUGAUUGGUAUUUAAAAUUCCUGUUGAAUCAGUCCUGAAUUUGUGUCAGUAGUAUCAUGUCAUUAUUCCCAUUUCCUGCCAGUUCAUUAUACAUCAGGUUGCCUUUUGUCUAUGAUGCAAGUGCAGUGACUAGCUGUGAGCUUUCCUUCCCGGAAGUUUGGCAUUUAGGGCAUUGUUGUUACAUUUUUAAAGAUUUGCCGUUAAAUUGGUUUUUGGACAUGGCAUGGAAUACAUGUCUGUAGAAUGAUUUUUGUAGACAACCAUUUAAAUGCUGAAGCAGGAUUUUCUCAUCAAAUUCUUCCACUUACAUUUGCAUCCAGCCAAACCACAAUAACUUUUCUAAAGGAUUUGUUCUUAGUUCAGCAGAACAUCCUCACUGUGUCAGAUAAUAAGUCCUCUUUCAUGACUUUAUCUUUUCAGACCAUGAUGAAGCUCAGAAUCAAAAAACCCAAAAAACUUUCUUUGCUGACAUUGAUCUAAUGCUGCUUUAGAUAACCUUUAGUAUUUUUUACAAUCUUUCUGCAUGGUUGUAAAAAUGCUGCUGCAUAGUUCAAGGACAGUUGAGAUCUGAUGGGAAACUGACAUUGAAUAGUGGUCCACAAACCUAGAAUCCAGUUCAUUUCCAAGUCAGAAAUUAGUUCAUUUGCUAGGCUGAGGUCAGGGAAGGAGGGUAAGAGAACUCUUUAAACGUAUCAGUAGCACUAAAGACUCCUUUUCUGAAAAUUAAAAUGACCGAUUUUGCCAAAAAGUUCACCAGCAAUUGACUUGCAUGAUGUCUUGUUCUCAGGUUGGCCCCUGUUUGUGUUUGAAUCUUGUUUCUGUAAACUGUCUGAACUCAUGAUGGAAGUAUGUUGAAUAGAGAGACCUGUGUGUUGUUAAGUCAUUUGUAUAAGUAAAAGGCUUGUUGUACAUUCAACAGCAUUAUGAAUGUGCGCAUGACUGGGGCGAAUUCGAUGCCUUUCUUCUCAAAUUUUAAUUGCUUUCUACCACAAAGUGAUUUUUUUUUAAAUUUUGUUCAUAACUAGCAUAAAGGGGUCCUCCACCACGAUAAAAUAUACUUCGUUAACAUCUGGUAAAAUCUCAGGCAUUAUAGUUGUUCAUCAGACCUCAUUAUGAUUAUAAUAUUCCUUAUAUUAGUAGUGUUUUGCACAACAAUCAACACCAGAAGUUAUUAAAUAGUUUAAUGAUUUUGGUUUGCUGUGGCUGAUUGGUUACUUUUUCAGGGUCUUUUUCGGCAUUCUCUUUGUGAUCAAUUUUCCACAUUAUUUUAGCAUGAAAGCAUCUUCUGCUUUGGGCCAUAAUUUCUUAUGCCUUUGAAUUUUAGAUUCAAAUUUGAAAUGAUGAAAUUGUGGUCAGUAUCGUCUUCUUUUUCAUGAAAAAUGUAUGCAUUUACCUUGGAAUUAAAUAGAUUAAUAUAAAAAUUAGUAUUUUAUACAUGAUUCCAUCUCUCUUCCAGAAAAGUAUACACUUGCUAUUGAAUAUAAGUUUAUUUUGAUAAAAAAAUAAGCCAUAGUUUUAACUGGAUUUUUCUGCAGCUCAGAUACUUCAUAUUACAGUAGUUGUUAAUCACAAACUCUUGACUAAAUGGCUACUCUACAAAGAUGAAAUAAAGCAGCUUUGCAAUUUAUAAAAUAAUCACAAUUUCUAAAAAUCAAAAAUAAUAAUUUAUCUGAGUAGAAAUCAAAAAAGAUUUUUCUGUAAGCAUAUUAAAAUAUCAUAGACUAUCAUAUUAAUAACAUUUGGACCAAAGCAGAUGGCUUAUUUCCAAACGUAACAUUAUAUUUGUGGUAGUAAUAUGUUGCAGGAUUUUUAAAGAAUCGGCAUGUCUUAAGUUUGUCAUUGUGUAAACCAUGUUGCAGUCUUCAAAAAGUUGGCUGGUACUUUUGUAUAUGAUGAUUUUUGUUAAUCCAUGUACUUUGAUUUUCAUAUACAUUUGCUAUAUACUUAAACCAAUUUGGCACAAAAUAUGUUUUAUUUUACUUCAUUUGUACUUUGAAUAAUUUGUAUUAUUUACCGUCAAAUGAACUGCAUCCUUAACAAAUGAUCUAUGCAACUUUUUUCUUAUUCUUAAUGGGUUAUGGUUGUUUCCUUUUUUUAGGGGGGAGAGGAGGGGGUGUUAAAUGUAUUGUCCAGUAGUAAAAUAAGUUACAGCAGUGUAUUGUUGUGGAAGCCUUAAGUGUUGAUACUACCAAAGACAAUAAUUUCUAGAAAAUGUGAAAUUAUUUUGCACUUCUUAGUUGUUUUCCAAUUUUAUGUGAGCAGCUUUUCGGUUUCACCACUGGUCCAUAGUUUACCUGCAAGUCUACCUUCUGCGUUUCUCUAAGGCCGAGUUAGAUGUCACAGAUGUUUCUCUUUCCCUCUGCCUUUUCAGUUGUGCACAUUGUUUCUCCCUUUGUAUUUUCAGUUGUGCACUGAAGCAGUUGGAAUGGCGAAAACAAUUGUUUCCAUGCCAACGCUUGCUUUUUAGGGGGAAGAAGUUGUGCAGCAUGUUCCACUUUUUAAAUUUUGUUUUGUAGGAAUGCUCAGAUGACAUAAGGCAGUAUUAAGGUCUCCAAUCCAAACAUCAUAAUGCUCAAGUGUUCCAGUUAGAAUAAGAGAAAUUUCCUCUAGGAGACUUCAAACAUCCUAGCUGAUAGGCUAAAAAACUUUGUGAGCUCCGAGUGAUUUCUGCAGUUGGCCUCAUCUACAAAUCAAAUAAUGUUAAGCAUAUUUCUUAGUGCAAUAUUUCAUAUUUACAGCACAUAUUUUUACCUUUUUUUGUGGAUUUAGGUUUUGUAUAGACCCUAGAAAGAAACUUGUCAGCUGGGCUGUCUUGCAAACGACAGAACUGUCCAUUCAGUAGAACAUGAACACUGUACUCUGCACCAGACUGGUGCACUCAUAGCUGCUCACCCCACCCACCUUUGCAGUCUCAACCAUUUUUGUUCUCAACAUUGUUAUUUGUAUUAUGUCACCAGUAUGUGCAUCUCUGUAUCCCAUAGGGUUACAGGCCAAUCAGCUUUUACCUCUUUCAUAGAUGUAUAGCCAGCAAUGAAAAUAAAAAACAAUCACAAUUCUACAAUUA